GAUUUCAUUUCAUGCUAUUUAGUUAUUACUCUAUUUUAUUUUAUAUCCUUAGAAGAAAAUGCCUUAAUUCUAUUAAAUUUUUUGAAAAGACAUGAAAUUUAUUCCCCAAAAUUAGGUGUAGUGGCGUGAGCGUGCUGCUUAUUGAUUUGUAUUUAAAUAAUAAUUAAAAAAAUCCGUCGUUCUGUUUUGCCCGUGUACUUCAUGAUGCGCAUGCCGUGCUUGGUUUCUCUUACAGUUUGGAAGGGACCAAAGAAGAGUGGACAUUGAAAUGAUAUGUACUAGGUACACAAUGGAGCUAGUUAAAGUGAAAGAUGCAUUUGAGCGAGCUGUUAAGAAGCAAAAGUUGUCUAUUUCUAAAUCCGAAGAAGUGAUUGAUCAGGUUGGGCAAGAAAUUGAGCAGGCACUUGCACAUAUCCAAUCAAGCCAUGAUCCUGGCUCAUGUAUUGAUUCUAAGGUUAUCCUUGCUGACCUUAAAACUAAGCUUAAUGCUCUUACCCCACAUGAGAAGUUGGAGGGGCCACAAAAGGAGCUAAACGGAAACUUAAGCAAGUACCAAAAGGUCCUUGAGAAGGUAUUUAUACCUGAUCUAUCAAAGGCUUACAGAAAUGUUGAUUUUGAUGUCCACACUUUGAAUGAGGUCAUAGUCAAUCAUUUGUACAAUGAAGGUCAGUUUGACAUCGCAGACUGCCUGGUAAGCGAGGCUGGUAAGCCAGAGGUUACUGCCCUAAGGUUGCAAUUUAUAGAGAUGCAUCGAAUACUUGAGGCCAUGAAAUCUCGGAACCUUGAGCCUGCUCUUAGUUGGGUUUGUGCAAAUCGUGAAAGAUUAGAUUCAGGUUCAUCUCUUGAGUUAAAACUCCGCGGGCUACAAUAUUUGAAUAUCUUGCAGAAUAGGAGCCAACAAGAUGCACUCUGCUAUGCAAGAACUUAUCUAGCCCCCCUCGCUUCUCCUCACAUGACUGAGGUACAGAAACUCAUGGGUUGCUUAGUAUGGGCUGGAAAACUGGAGAAAUCCCCUUAUUCUGAGCUGAUUUCUCCAACACACUGGGAAAAGCUUGCCGUGGAGCUGAACCAUGAAUUCUGCGCUUUGCUGGGACAGUCUCGUAAGAGCCCAUUAAGCGUGGCAAUAGCUGCCGGUGUUGAUGGACUGCCUACUCUACUAAAAUUGGCACACGUUAUGGCUGCAAAGAAGCAGGAGUGGCAAUCUAUGAAGCAGCUACCAGUGCCAGUGGAAUUAGGCAAGGAAUUCCAGUUUCAUUCGGUUUUCGUCUGUCCAGUGAGCAGGGAUCAGGGGAAUGAAGAGAAUCCUCCCAUGUUGUUGCCUUGUGGACAUGUCCUGUGUAAGCAGUCUAUUCAUAAAUUGUCAAAGAACAGCACACGGGCCUUCAAGUGCCCCUAUUGCCCCUUUGAUGCUACAGUUUCACAGUGCAAGCAACUCUAUUUUUGAUGUUUGUAAAACCAUUUCUCUUUACACAGAUCUGUUUGAUGAAAUCUUCACUGCUUUAGCAUUUUUACUUGAAAUAGAAAGUGUGUUAAUGUGUACAGAGGUUUUCUUUAAUUUACAAGGUCAUGUUUGGUUUCUCA